AUGAGGAUGCUGCUGGUCAUCCUGGCGGCGGGAUCCCUAGUCGCUCACUUCGCUGAGGACACCUCAGAUCUUCUUCAGCACGUGAAAUUCCAGUCCAGCAACUUCGAAAACAUCCUGACGUGGGACAGCAGGCCGGAGAGUGCCCCAGACACCGUCUACAGUGUGCAGUAUAAGACUUAUGGAGAGACAGAGUGGCAGGCAAAGGAGGGCUGCCAGCGGAUCACCCGGAAAUCCUGCAACCUUACCAUGGAGACAGGCAACCUUACGGAUUUCUACUACGCCCGGGUCACCGCCAUCGACGCGGGAGGCCAGUCCGCCACUAAGAUGACCGACCGGUUCAGCUCACUGCAGCACACUAUCAUCAAACCACCUGAUGUGACUUGUAUCCCCAAGGUGAGAUCCAUCCAGUUGAUUGUCCAUCCCACCUACACGCCCAUCCACACAGGGAAUGGCCACCGGCUAACCCUGGAGGAUAUCUUCCAGGACCUGUUCUAUCACUUAGAUCUGCACAUCAACCACACCUACCAAAUGCACCUUGGAGGCAAGCAGAGAGAAUUUGAGUUCUUUGGCCUGACCCCUGACACGGAGUUCCUUGGGACCAUCGUGAGUUUAGUUCCAACCUGGUCCAAGAAGAGCAUCCCCUACAUGUACCGAGCGAAGACGCUGCCAGAUCAGACGUGGACCUACUCCUUUUCCGGCGCCUUCCUGUUCUCCAUGGGCUUCCUGGUCGCAGGGCUCUGCUACCUGAGCUACAGAUACAUCACCAAGCCGCCGCCGCCUCCCAACUCCCUGGAUGUCCAGCACGUACUGACCUUCCAGCCUCUGCAGUUCAUCCAGGAGCACAUCUUAAGCCCCGUCUUUGAUCUCAGUGGCCCGAGCGGCCUGGCGCAGCCUGUCCAGUAUUCCCAAGUCAAGGUCUCCGGGCCCAUCGAGCCUCCAGGAGCCCCACCGCGACACAGCCUGUCUGAGGUCGCCUACCUUGGGCAGCCGGACCUCUCCAUCCUCCGGCCCUCUGGCGGGCCACCUCUCCAGACACUCCCCCCACUGCCCUAUGCCCCCCAGGCUGCCCCUGAGGGCGGGCCCCUGUCCUAUGCACCUCAGGUAACCCCCCAAACUAAACCCCCCUCCUACACUCCCCAGGCCAUCUCGGAGGCCCAGCCUCCUUCCUACACCCCUCAGGCCACUCCGGACAGCUGGCCUCCUUCCUACGGGAUAUGCGGGGAAGGCUCUGGUAGAGACCCCCCACCUAUGACACUCUCUGGUCCCAAACACCUCGGAACCAAAGGUCAGCUCCAGAAAGAGGCACCAGCUGGAAGCUGCAGCCCAGGUGGCCUUUCUCUGCAGCAGGUGACCUCCUUAACUAUGGAGGACCCCCAAGAAGUAAAAUCCUUCCACCAGCAUCUGGGGGUUCACACGGACAGAGAACCUGACUCUGAUGUCGUACACAGAGGAGAGCCAAGGACACGAAGCUAUGUAAAGGGCCAGCUGCCCCUCCUCUCCUCUGUCCAGAUCGAGGGUCACCCCGUGUCCCUCCCUUUGCAGACUGCUUCCCGCCCAUGUUCCCCCACAGACAAGGGUCCGAGUCCCUGGGGCUUGCUGGAGUCCCUCGUGUGUCCCAGUGAUGAGGGUCCAACAACCGAGACUGAGGCCCAGAGCCCAGGCCCUCGGGCCCCAGACCUGGAGUCGCCCAUGGAGCUGGACUCUCUGUUCAGAGGCCUGGCCCUGACGGUGCAGUGGGAGACCUGA